GUCAUGUCUGGCCGCGGAAAGGGAGGCAAGGGACUCGGCAAGGGUGGUGCCAAGCGUCACCGCAAGGUGCUUCGCGACAACAUCCAAGGCAUCACCAAGCCUGCCAUUCGCCGUCUCGCCCGUCGUGGUGGCGUCAAGCGCAUCUCGGGCCUCAUCUACGAGGAGACUCGCGGCGUCCUCAAGAUCUUCCUUGAGAACGUCAUUCGUGAUGCCGUCACCUACUGCGAGCACGCCAAGAGGAAGACCGUCACCGCCAUGGACGUCGUCUACGCCCUCAAGCGUCAGGGUCGCACCCUGUACGGCUUCGGAGGCUAA